GGGCAAAGUCGCUUAGCCGCAAGUGAAAAAUGCCUGGGAGACGUCAGCGAUAAGCGAUAUCUCAACCCGAUGAUGGAAAUGGAUUUUGCUGAUAUUUUUCUGUUGUCGCUGUUCCAGCCCUUAGGUUGUGGGGUGGCUUCGGACCCGCUGCUUCUCCACAGAUGGAUGUAGAUAUGCGCCUGAUAGAGGCCCUGGCAGGGCACCACGGGCAUCAUCUCCAAAAUCCAGCUCCUGCGCAGACCGAGUCAAAUAAACUCUCGGAAUUUGCUUCUGCUGUUAGCGAACUAACAAAUAUACUUCGAUCAAAUGGCCAAGUGCCCCAAGGAAGAGAAAAUUCAUCCCACCCGAACGGGCACCUAUCGCAAAGUCAUUCCGACGAGGCUCAGGCAUCCCAGUUCGCAGCUGCUUUGCACCUCGGUGUAAGUGAUCGUGUCCUCUUGCAAUCCCUUAGGCUAGGACAUGAGAGUCUACAAGAACUCUUGGGGUGCAGUCUUAGCGCCGCUAUCUCUAUACAGGAGGGGUUGCAGAACAAAGACGGAACUCAAAACAAUCCUCACCUCCCGGUAUCUGAGAGCUCGGGUAUUGGCAGAGACUCCCACAAUGAGGAGGAGUCGGCUGAGGCGCAACGGAUCAUGGUAGAGCUUUCUCAGCCGGCAACCAGAGCCAACUCCCCACCACCUUCGGCCCAUGGCCCAGGCUCAUUCUCCGAACAUUCGGGAACCUCACCAGCCAGCCACCCCAAUGGCCUAGCUAGGGAGGACAGUCAGUCUAUAAGCCCAGCGCCGUACAGGAGCAACUCUCAGGUCCUUGAGAUGAGCCCAGCAAUGGAUGCUCAGACUCCUCAAUGGUCAGCCCGAAACAGCACGGGGCGGCUUCCAAAUUUGGUCGGCAGCAAUUCGAGGGCGAGGCAAGAUGGUGCUUUUGAAGACCCAGUAAAAGCUGCAGAGCGAGAGCGCGUUCGAGGCGAGAAUAGGGUGAGGAAGAAGCGAUGGAGAGAGUCUAAUCAAGAUCGAAGUGAGUGUGUUCCUCCACUAGGAUUUCCAAGUCUAUUCAUAUCGACUUUAUUCAAACACUUUCCCUUUGCCUCCCCUCCCUCUCUAUCCGAGCUAUUAUACUUGAUACUCCCCAGAGUUUGUCCAAAACAAUAUUUGUCCCUUUAUGGCUAAUGCUCGUCCUAAUAGACAAGGACAAUGACCUGCGGUGCCGUGUAACCAAGAGAGGGAACAAGAUUUGGGGGCUGGAAGACUGUGAAGAGAAGAGAUUAUGGAUGAAGCACGAGUUCUUCCGACGUCGUUCAAAGCGUGAGGCCAAGGAAAGAGCACGGGCUGCAGACGAGACUGGACCGAAUACGGGUGCCGGCUCCUCCAGUGUUUUUCAAGCCUACAAUUCAAGCCCGGCUCCUCCCAUGUCGGCCGCCAAUACAAAUCCAAUUUUUGGCAAUUUCCAAACACCCCCUUUGGACAGCCAAGCAGACCAGACCCGCGUGGCCCUACAGGAUCUUGUAUCCCUCCUGCAUUCCCCUAACGCCACACAGAAUCUAGAAGCAGCGAAACCCCAAGCCGUUCAAACCGCCUCUCGUAGCAAUAGUCAAGGCCAGCCAGGCAACGAUCUUUGUAGUCAACAGAUGGAACCCCAUCAACCAAUGGAGAUACAAAACACUGCCUCGUGCACCAGCAGCGAUCGUGACAACGGGAAUCCAUCCGGUUUAGAAGAGAUUGUGUGGCCUACACAUGAGGAAUCUUCCCCCGUCUACCAUAACUCUUCGCAGAUCAAAGAUAUAGUGGCUGCUCUGCGUGUGAGAUUUAAUGCCCCCCCAGGUGCGCUGGCCGGCGGCGAACCACAGAAACCGCUGGAAUCUCCCAUGCCUCGGUGGCCAGGCCCUGGUACAGAUGAAGAUAGAUUCCUUGAGACAGUUGAAGUUAAAACCGAGCUAUCCGAGGUACCUCCGGAUACCCUACAAUCCACUGAACAGGCCGAAAGUCAAUUUCAGGCCCAACAACUCGGAAAUGCUGCCCAUAUGGCCCAGCAACAGGGGAUCGAAGGUGCUAUUGAGAAGCUCUCGGAUGCCGAUAUCGAUGCCCUAUUCCCCACAAAUGCGGAUGGGGAACCUGAUCUGGACGAUGAGAUUCUUGAGAGACUAGUUGCCGAGAGUGGACUUUGCAUGGACGAAUUGCUGUCCAGGACAAUGGAACCGGAAGCCCCCGCCAUUUUGGUAUCAUCUCAACCAAGCGUAGCACAGAGCGAACAUAGAAACACCGGAGACCUUGUGGGCGAUGAUUCCGAAGAAUCGAUGUCGCUAGAGCAGAUCAAUGCACUUCUUGAAGACUUGACGGAAAGCAUGGAUCUCGACGAAUCCAUUGACACUAGCCCUCCUCACUCCAGGGAUAUAGUCUCUCACGAUCAAGCCACCGUGGACCCCACGCUGGAUACCAUCGCAACACUCACCAGCAAUUGGCGUAACCACCAAUAUCCUUCAACCUCGUCAGCAAACACGAUCUCCCGCGGAACAAUGCGAUGCUCGCCAGACAAUUCCUCCCCUCUAUCCAGACGGGUCCGCAAGCCGCCGCCCCAGAACCCCAUCGCUCUUACUCAGCAAAUCCAAGCGAUCCUCCAAUCUUCAGACCACAGCCAACCUAUUUCACGCCAUCAAGUCAACUCCUCCUACGCUGCCAGCUUCGGCCAUAGCGAAAAUAUGAACAAGCGCUUGAUGAAGCCGCCCCCAUACCGCCCGACCUCCAAGCCACCAUCUGUUGGUAUCACUACUGGCCCCGGAGCCGCGGCGACGAGUCAUGCAAAGUCGAAUGAGCACGAGAAGAAGAUCAAGUCCAUGGGGUUCCCGCCUCUAAUGGCCGGGAUGAAGCCAAAAUAAUCUGUACUUUCACCCCCCUAUUCCACCCUCUCAUCCAAUUCUAUAAAUGUCUAGGUAUCACCACACCCUCCUAGACAAGUCAUUUUCCACAUGCUCUCCCCCAGUUUUUAGUUUUUUUCUUCCCCAAGUGCUACGCUAUCACUGGUGCCCGCUUCGCUUUAUUCGUCUGGUAUUUGAUGCUAUUCCGUUCUGUUAUCCCUAUCCCUAUUUUGCUCAACUUCAUUUGUUCGCGUUAGAUUCUACGCAAAAAAAACCACCCCAUGUUAAUGCUCACUUGCUUUUCCAUUCCGUAUCAUGUCAUGUCAUUCAUCCAUAAGUGUGUAGAUAAAAGUUUACCUGUUUAAUUGUUUCUUUCUUUUCUUCAUAUUUCCCCUAUAUUCUUCCUUUAUAUUCAUUCCCCUCCACUCGGUGUACGGCUCACUCCACCAGCCCUCCCGAUCACGAAAAAUGUCGUAGCUAGGACCUUCCCGUCAAUGCUAAAAUUCUUGUAUUUUCCUUUUUUUUUUUUUACUUUGUGUUUUCCUUUUUCGGUCUAGGUUUUGGCGCUGGGGGAAAAAAAAAAAGGCUUGGUGGGAGGUCUUUUUCUUUCUUUCUUUACUUGAUUUUCCCCUUUUCUUUUUACGGUGCUUGUCUGGGAAUUCCGGUACGGUAUGCAUGCCAUGCGGCACGACUUCACGAGGUUAUGAUAUGUAAUUUAAAGUACGCAGGGAUGGAAAUUUAUUCCCAGUUGCUUGGG